CGUCUCCGACGGGAGGGACCAUCUAGAGACGGGAUUAGGUCACUCACUGGAGGCGUGUCGCACUGCCAGAGUGACCCACCCGCUGUAGAAGCAGUGCUGUGGCUUUUUCUUCUGGAGUGUCAUCUGGGUCUUCUAAAGAAACGGGGCCCCUGAGUAGUGAGCUGCACAAGGGAAUGGGUCUUGAUGCAGUGGGUCCUCCCGGGCAUGGACGCCCCAACUGACUAGGGAGGGUCCUUCGGGGCUCCCUAAGAGGCGGGAAUCCCCGUUACCAGUGGCGGGGCAUCCCUACCGAGCGGUCUCUUUGGAGGACGGAAGUCCCCGUGGGGGACAGAGGUCAUGACUUACUGAGCCUCACAGACUAGGGUAAUGACAGCUGCACAGAGAAUGAGUGAAGGGACCACCUUCAGGGUACGGGAGGAUGGAGUUCUCCACUAAUCAGGCUCCACAGGGGAUGGAGGUCCUGAUCCGAGGGCUCCGCAGAUGACGUGGGUCCUCAUCGAGCCCCAUCUGGACGUGGUCCUGACUAAUUCGUCCCACCUGGGUGGGCUGCGUGCCUGAGGGACCUCUUCCCAAAUGGACGGUUCACCGGCCCAACUCACUCCACAAGGGAGCAGUGGAGCUGUCCCGCCGCCACCCCACGGUGUCCUGGCUGUGCGCCAUGCUGCACUGCUUCGGAAGUUACAUCCUGGCUGAUCUGCUCCUCGGGGAGCCCCUGAUCGACUACUUCAGCAACAACUCCAGCGUCCUGCUGGCCUCGGCCGUCUGGUACCUGAUUUUCUUCUGCCCCAUGGACCUCUUUUACAAGUGUGUCUGCUUCCUGCCUGUGAAACUCAUCUUUGUGGCCAUGAAGGAGGUGGUGAGAGUGCGCAAGAUCGCCGUGGGCAUCCACCAUGCACAUCACCACUACCACCACGGGUGGUUCGUCAUGAUCGCCACUGGCUGGGUUAAAGGCUCUGGGGUUGCCCUCAUGUCCAACUUCGAGCAGCUGCUCCGAGGGGUCUGGAAGCCAGAGACCAAUGAGAUCUUGCACAUGUCCUUCCCCACCAAGGCCAGCCUGUACGGAGCUAUACUCUUCACUCUCCAGCAGACCCGCUGGCUUCCGGUGUCCAAAGCCAGUCUCAUCUUUAUCUUCACCAUGUUCAUGGUGUCCUGUAAGGUGUUCCUGACAGCCACUCACUCCCACAGUUCCCCUUUUGAUGUUCUGGAAGGUUACAUCUGUCCUGUGCUGUUUGGGACAGCCUUGGGGGGUGACCAUCACCAUGACAACCAUGGUGGGGCCCAUGGAGGGUCCCACGGUGGCAGUGGGCCCGGCUCCCCGCACUCAGCCAUGGCCACCAAGUCCAAGGAGGAGCUGAGUGAGGGCUCCAGGAAGAAGAAGACCAAGAAGGCAGAUUAGGGGGUGGCCCAGCGGGCCUGUCGGGUGCUGGGGAGAAGACCCGGACCCAAAACCCUCAGAGUCAGGAGUAGGGAGGUGUCCUGGGCUCAACUGUCCCCUCUUGAGGCCUCAACUUCCCCAUCUGCAAACUGGGGCUAUUAGCCUACCCUCCACGCCUGAUGUGAGGGGUUAGAUGAGAUAUGGGGGUAAAGGGCGUUUGUAGGAAUGGGGGGUCCCUCUCUGCAGAACCCCUAUAGAGUCACAGAUUUUUUUGGGGGGUGCACAGAAUCCUGGCAGUGUCUCUAGCCAAAUACACUGGCAGUUAUAUUCUUGGUUCUAUUACUUCCUCUCUAAAAUUAUGUUUUGACUCCAAAUUUCAAGCAGCAUUGAGACUCAUUCAUUUGAUGGAUGAUUCCUAAGUACCUCCUGCGAGGCGGCUGCUGAGAGUUUCAUGUCUCCUUGCCGACUCCUCCUGGGUGUGCAAGGGACAAGGUGCCUCCUUCUUGGAGCUUUGCAUUCCCCACCUACGUGAUGGGGUCCCCUGGCCCUCCUCUGUACACAAGGGCUGAUGUGAGGCUGGAGGCAUACCUGUCUCACAAGCGCAGAAGCACCAUGCAGUCAGGAGGAGAGCCCGUGACGGGUGUUCACUGUGCUUGAGAACGGCUUUGCGUUUUAGAUCAUUUGUGUUUGUGGACUGGAGACCCUCAUGUUACCUGGCGUGAAGGAGGCCUUCCGUAGACACAUGUAGGCCAGACUUGAGAGUUUGGGGGGUGGGAAAGGCUUGUUCUGAUCCUUGGCUCCAGACUACCCAUAAUCCAAAGAAGUGCAGCUGGGUGGGUGUGAGUUCCAAGGUCCAGCUUUGCCUGGGGCUCCAAGCACUUGCUGUUGGACCCUGGAAGCAUCAGGCCUUCCUCAUGCCAGCGUUCUUCAUUGCCACUCAUUCAGUCAUUCAACAACCAUGUUGCUGCCUACUCUGCCAGGCCUUGUGCUGCUGCUGGGCAGGCUGGGAACUUGCUUUUGGGUGAGCGAGGGGUAUGGCAGCUGAAGGCCCCUCCCAGCUACCUUCAUUUCAUCCUAGGUCACCAGGAUGUCUGGGAGGGGUGGAUGGGUUGAGUAUGGCCCAUUCCAGGUGGGGCUUGGCCCAGACCAGGCCUGCUGGAGGCUGCCCUCUGCACAUCAGUGCUCAGGGGGUGCUCAGGGCAGUGGUCUGCAGCUGCUUUAAGACUGGCUUGGGGUUAUUGGGGUCCCAGGUGUUGCCCAGCUGUUGGGAAAGUGCCUUGAUCUGGUGAUACCUGGGAGCUGGGGGGAUUCUGAAGCUGUAAGGCCCUGAAUUCGUCUUCUUCCAUAUCCACCAAGGCGGCAUGAAGGGUCAGCAAAUAUAUCUGUUGUGAGAGAAC